GAUAAAAAAAUUAUUUUUCUUGGACAUAUACGACGUACAUGUAUUAUGCAGAGGCUUUUUGGAUACUGAAACUGACUGCCCUUGUCGUAAUGAAUUUAACUUCCAACAAGUUUUUGAUGAUAUGCAAGCAUUUACUUCGUGUUUUUUUCUUCAAUUCUAAAUUUAACAACUUACUUAAAUGCUCGACACUUUUGUGACGUUCUCACCUUAUAAUGUAGCAGAGGGAAACUAUAUUCGAAAAUAACAUAUUAUCAUUUGUAUCAAGUCGAAGCUUUGAAUUAUAGCGGGUGAACAGUGCGCGCGCACUUCUGCGUGGAAGUCCAGUGCGCAGAUAGUUUUAAUAUGGCGCUAUUCAAUAAAAACAAUAUAUUAUUCUGUUCUUUUUCCAAAUAAAACAAAAUCAACUUUUAUAUAUCUCUGAACUCAGCUUCAUAAUUGUUAUAAAGCAGGAUAAAAUAAGAUCAUAGGAACGUAUUAGUAUAGCAAGUAAAAUGAAAGUUACUAUAACCAGCUGGAGAGGCGUCGCCACCUGGCGUUGGAUCGCCAAUGACGACAACUGCGGUAUUUGCCGGAUGCCGUUCGAUGCAAGCUGCCCCGACUGCAAAAUGCCCGGCGACGAUUGCCCCUUAGUGUGGGGCCAGUGCUCGCAUUGCUUCCACAUCCACUGUAUCAUGAAGUGGCUGAACUCGCAGCAGACGAGCUUGUUGUGCCCCAUGUGUCGACAAGAGUGGAAAUUCAAGGAGUAAAGUUGUCGCCCGUCAAAGCCCGUUGUCCCCUCCAGGUGUCAGCACGCAGCAGUCCGACUUGCCGGUCAAGUGCGCGUGGAAUCAGUGGCCAGAACAUCGACCGUAAUGUCUGGUUUUUCUCAAAAUAAGUUUCGUUUCAGAUGUAGGCUAUUGUGAUGAUCGAGAUAUCUUGCCAGAUUUUCAAGAAUAGUAUUGUUUUGAUUGGCUCGAAAUUCCGUGCGGCAAGACGUUGGCCAUUUGAAUCAGUAGCGAUAUAAACGAUAGAAAAAGGAUCAAUUUUAAUUCGCUAUUCGUACUUUUAAUAAACAUAUUAUGACGUGAUAGUAUUGUUGUCAUGAUACAAUAAUUUCCAGGUAUCAUUCUUGAUUUAUUGUCCAGAAAUAUUCUCAUGCAUUAAAAAAAAAAUGAGGAGGUACAAUUUCUUGGCAGCAGUUCGCAAUCUGUUAUUACAUAAAAUACAGUGUUAGAAUAGACAAUUGACUCGGAAUGUUAUUGAGCCGAGUCACUUUACAUAAGUAUACAAAACAUCGGUAAAAAAGUUUUGAUCGCUCUACACCUUUUAUUCAGCUUACGUAAGUCCCACAAGCGCAGCUUUUAAAAUAAAAUAAACAACACUUUUUUAUGACAAUGAGCUCGCAAGUUUAAUUUAUUUGCGUCGAUUAGAAUGAGAAAAAAUAACAGCAGGUACAACUGUGAAACUUAUGUUCUCUUGUUCAAUCCAAAUCACUUUUUGGGGCAACUUUGUAAUACAAGCUAUUACGAAGUGGAGUGUAACAAACAAUUUCAAUUGCACGCGAGCGCACGUGAAAGAGGUAUGACCACUUUCGAAUGUGAGUUAUUAAUGGACAUCGGAUAGGUUAUGUAUAUAUAUGUACAACCACAAGGGGAGCAAUAUAAGCUGUUACAUAACGAUUUUAUCCUUGUUUUAUUUUUUUUUAUUUUACUUUUCUCACGUUUGCUUGUAAAAUGCAUUUAGGGCUAAACUUUCGGCAGCAAAAUAGUCACGCGUUCAACAUGUGUUUUGAAUUUUGAUAGCUGUUGCAAUACUUCGAAACCUUAUAUAUAUCAUGGCAAUACGGCUGCAUUGUACGAUUUCUGUGUACAUUUAUUCUUCACUGAAAUUUCAUUAUGCGGGAGGAGGGUGCACGUGUACUUGUCACGACAAAGCUUAAAUUUUAUAUACGUGUCAAUGUAAAGACAGGCUUUUAUUCUAAAUCUGAUAAUCACGGAUAACGUAUUUGAUACGAGAAGCAGUAAAUAAUUAUUUUUCUUUUAUUU